AUGGCUGAUGCAGAUGAAGAUGCCAUUCGCGCCCCUGGGGCGGAAGCAUCCCAGAUUGAAACCGAUCUGUCCGAUGAAACACAGGACUUCCGUCUACUGAGUCACCUCAAUUUCUUAACGGACACAUCAUCCACCAGUUUACCGAAACGUGGUGAGAAGGACUUCGAACCCAAUCCUACUGAAUUCCAGGCCGAUGUCCUCUCUGCCUCCCGCCAGGCGAUGCACAAUGCGCUCGCCCAUCCGCGCAUUCACAAUACCAAGAAUCGAGUCAUAGGAAUUUAUGCGCCGGAUGGUCCUACAUUCCCAGUUGGCUACGUCGAAACCCCCAAGGACGCAGGAAAGGGUGUUGGAGUUUCGCCAGAUUGUUGCAUUACUAUCCCAAAUGCAAAGGGUUCCGUAUUCCAAGGUAUUGGACAGGCAGAUCGAUGGAAUCGUCUCUGGUUAUUACCCGAAGAAGCAAUUUAUAUGAUUGAAAGAGGAAGUUUGGAUAUCAGGUGGCCGACCUCCAUGACAGGUACCACUGAAGAAGAGGAAGACAAUGACCUUUCUAUUCCAAUGAGUUUGCAGGCUGCAUACUCGUGUAUCUUGGGACGUGCCGGAUUAACAAUGGAGAGAUAUUCCGUUUACACAGGCCUCAAAAGGCUGGGAUAUUCCGUUGUGAGAGCAUCGGGUUGGGAUGACUCUGCGAAGCCGGAAACCCCUACUACUGGUGAUGAGCCAGACGCGUACACCGAGCCAAGGCGACGCGGACCUGGGCUCAGUGGCAUUUUAUCAUGUAUCUCAGACUGGAUGGAUGAUCCCUUUUCCACAGCUUCACCAGCGGCUGGUCCUCUUGUGGGAUGUGGUAUUCACCGCAGUUACGGCGAUGUGUACCGUAGGAUGAGCCUCAUCCCAUGGUAUGACCCAACUCUCGCACCGCAGCGAGAUCCCCUUGACACGAUAGCACCUUUCCGGGUAAUCUUCCAUGUCUAUAAGCCCUCCACCUCAGUGAAAAGAAGCGCUCUUCCACCACCCGACUUCCGUAUCGCAGUGAUCAAUACUCGUGAACAGACUACUAUCCCGACUCUCCCACAACUAAGUGCCUUACUACAAGGUACACCUAUUGAGCCGCCCAGUGGUGAGAAAAUGGAACGACUGAUGUAUAUGCGCUUGCGACAUGGGUAUCGCAAUGUCAUCUUGGCCGUUGUGGAUCAGGGCGUUAGCAGUUUCCUGCGCAUCGGUGAUGCUGCCUUUGGAAAGGAGAAGAUGUAUGAUUCUAAAAAUGCGCCUCGUGGAGGAAAGAAGCAUGGGAACUACAAGCCGAGGAAGCGGUGA